AUGGACGCCUCAAGAACUAACGCUAAGAAGAACGAAGUCGUUGGCAAUGUCAAGGAUACCGUUGGUGGUGCCGUCGGUAACGAUUCUCUCCAAGCCAAGGGUCAAGCCCAAAACACCUCUGGUCAAACCGAAGGUGUCUUGGCUAACGUCCAAUCCUAUGUUGCCGGUGCUGCUGAUCAAGUUACUGGUGCUGUUAAGGGUGCUGUCAACUCCUUGACUGGUGAUAACUCUGGUGAAGCUGGUGCCAAGGUCCAAGAAAAGAAGGGCGAGGCCCAAAAGAACUUUGCUUCUUAA